GGACUGGACUUUUGACGGGAGAGAGGCGCGCGCGCGUACACGUGCGACUUGACGACUUGAACGACUUGCGCAAAACGGUUUCGUUUGCGACGGGAUCAGAUUACAGGGGUUGCGUCGUUAUCACGCGAGAACGAGUUCUGGAUUAGCUGAUAGGGAGGAGAGAGUGUGGUGACAGGGGUGAAAGAUCAUCCGGUGAGAUUCGAAAAAAAUCAUCGCUGAGCAAAAGUGGUUCCGCUCGAUCGGAUCGGAAAAAGUGCGUUUCACCGCGGGAAAAGCGUCAAGAAAGCGUGAAAAUCCGCGAACGCGAAGAUAAUCAGCGGUGGUCACGUUCGCGGCGACGCUCAAUUUUCUAAUCAACGCCUGCUCCGAUAUUUGUUGUUUUGCUCGCGCGAGCGCUCGCGUGAAGAAGCUUUCUCGGAGCCAGAAGUGCCAUACCGUGAGGAAAAGCCUCCCAAUUUGGAUGCAAGUGGUGCAAUCGAGUGUGUUAAGAAAGGGGGGAAAAAAGUGAAAGAAAACAGCAAAUUGCUCAGCGAAGAGGCUUGAGGGGUGUUUUUCGGGGCGGAAAAUCGCCCGGGAAAAGUGAAAAGUGAAGAAUCAAAAAGUGCUCAAUCUUGACAUAGAUUUCGAGUGAGGCACGUACGAGAGCAAUCAACGCUCACAAGAAAGAGUCGUACAAGAAGAAGAAAGAUGCUGCGGCAAUCAACCGGUUAGCAUCCUUUCGAUACAGAGAGUACCGGAAACGGAGUCCUUUUAAGGCGUUUUUAAAGAGUGUACACGGAGUCCUUUGGGGGAACCCGGAAUGCCGUACCGGCGUAAAUCACUUUACCUGGAUGCUGUUGCGGCUGCUGCUGGUGGAGAAUAUUGACGAGGCAGAGCAUAAUGUAUGCAUAAUAUUGGAGCAGGAAUUAGUCUCCAUCGUGCACGCUGCCAUUUAAAUUUCCACAACAAAAAAGCAUCAACCCAACAGUUGGACACCCUCGAAAGUGAUCCCACCACUCCGUAAGGACGCAAAACGCCGAGAAAUAUGAUUGUGAAAUAAACCACUCUUCCACGAAGCGUCACGCGCGGACAAUUUCUCUGGCCACCCACCCUGCCCCUGCCCCGGGUCCGGACUCCAACACGCUCAACGAAACAUAGUCAGAAAGCGACCAGCCCUCAACUAGGCUAAAGCCAAGCCAACUAGAGUAGAGAAUUAUAAACAAAUACAAAAUGUCCCACAGAAUGUCCCCCAAGACCCGGGUCGUGUUCAAGUUCAUCUUCGGCCUCGGCAUCUGGUCCUUUCUGGUGCUCGGUUUUUUCAAGCUGAACGGCGACCAGGUGACGCCGCACCAGUUCCAGCAGACGCCCAUCAACGGCCGGUUGCUGCUGAACAAGGACAACCGGUGGACCGGCAACGAGGCGACCUCCACCACGACCGACCGGUACGCGUCCCCGGUGGGGGCCGGCGUCGACGAGGUCCUGGUGGACAACCGAGCGGUGAUCGACGACGAGCAGCUGGUGCGGGACGUGGAGUCGCGGAUCCCGUCGCUGCCGAUCGCGUACUGGAGCAAGCACAAGAACGCGGUCCAGAAGAAGGCCGCGUGCGCCAAGUACCCGUCCAUCUUCGAGCUGGAGUUCAACAACAUCUACUGGCAGACGCUGCGCAGUUCGAACGGGACGUUCCAGCUGUUUGGGGCGUACUACGACAUCCGGAAGCGGUCGCGGAUCGGGCCGGCGGUGCGGAUUUUGGGAAUGAUCGACCGGAUCGAGCCGAAGGUGAAGACGUUCUGUCAGCUGUGGUUUGACGGGCAGAAGGAGCCGUUUAUUGUGAAGACGUUCGAGUACAAGUACAUUUGGUUCAACAAGUGGGGCAAUUACAAGCAGGGGAUCUACCAGCCUUACUUGAUUGCUUGUCAGAUUCCGAAGCCGUUCCGGGGGUUGGUGCCGGCGUCGGUGUCGCUGGUGGAGAAGCAGUGCGACACGGCGACGAACAACUUGAGGGUGUUGUACAACAGGCCGCUGGACGACAAGAAGAAGGGCUUUGCGGUUUGCGUUAAGGGGUUGGACUUUUUGUACGACGAUCUGUCGGUACGGUUGGUCGAGUGGAUCGAGUUGUUGGGCAUUUUGGGUGCGGAUAAGAUCUUCUUCUACGAGCUGCAGGUUCACCCGAACAUCUCCAAGGUGUUGCGGUAUUACGAGGAGCAGGAUCGGGUACACGUUACCCCGUUGACACUGCCUGGAGGUCAGCCGAACGUGCCCGGUUUCCAGCACCUCUUCCUCUCAAAGAAGACCACCCACAAGCGGCAGAACGAGCUGAUCCCGUACAACGACUGUCUGUACAAGAACAUGUACAAGUACGAGUUCAUCGCCCUGCUCGACAUCGACGAGGUCAUCAUGCCCAAGCUGGACGAAGAUCGCACCUGGCACGACCUGAUGGCGCGCGUCGUCGAAAAGGGCAUGAAGCUCAAGAACGACACCUACCCCAGCUACAACGUGCGCAACGUGUACUUCUUCGACCAGGACCAGCACGAGCACGAGUGGGCCAAAGACACCCCGCGCUACAUGCACAUGCUGCAGCACGUCCAGCGCGCCAAGAACUACACCAAACCCAACCAGUACGUCAAGUGUUUCCACAACCCGGAGCGGGUCCUCACCCUGCACAACCACUUCCCGAUCGCGUGCCUCGGCGGCGCGUGCCACUCCUACCCGGUCAGCACGGACGACGCCCAGCUGCAGCACUACCGGGCGGACUGCGUGCGCACGCUCAAGAAGAGCUGCGAGGAGUUCAAGGAGAACCAGGUGCGCGACACCACCAUCUGGAAGUACAAGGACGAGCUGGUCCAGCGUACGCGGCGCACCCUCGACACGCUCGGCUUCUUCCGGCCGUCCGUCGGGGGCCGCGGCAAGGACUCGCUGUACAAGCGGUGAUUGUUGCAGAAGCUUCGGCACAUGUUUAGCCUCUAGUUACGUUUGUUCAUUUAUUCGAUUGACCGCACGUGGCGGCAGCGGCGGGAUCGCAGCAGUCCGGUGGGUGGCGGCAACUCUUCUUCCUACGACGCCCAGUGCUGCGAUCUGCGACGGCGUCGCCGUCGUUGAAAGCCGACAUCGGUCAGAGCCUACUUUUGCUCGGGACGAUGGCGUGUGCGCACAGUUUUGUCUAAUGCGAAUAAAUGAACGAUCGAUUUGAAUUAUUAUAAAGAUAAUUUAGACAAGCGAAGAAAAAAAAAUGUUAUCAUUAGCGAGUAGGUGAAAAAAACACACACACACUCUUCCCAUUAUUAUAUUAGUUAUUAUUGUCGUGUAGUCUUUUAAGCAGUUAUUAUCGCUUACGAAGUCAAAGUAAUUUAUGCAUAGCGGAAGAAUUUCGGUCUUCUUUACGACACUACUACUAUUUCGCGCGGUGGGGGAAAAUACGUGAUUAUUGAUUUAAAACGAGACGAUUCGGUUUUUCACACCAAAACUCUGAUCAAAAUCUUAAUGGAAUGUUUAAAUCUAGAAAUCUACAAGCUUCAACACUUUUUUCCAAUUAAAAUUGACAAGACAACAUUUUCUCGAUAAAUCAACUAUGGUCCCCUUGGAACGAGCUGUCAAGUAGGACCUUUUCUGUCAAGAAGUGCCACGAUGUUAAUUUUUUAAAUUGAUUUAAAAAUCCAUUUUAAUUCCUUUUCGGUCGUACGGACCCUUUGUUGUACUCAGAAAAAUAAGCUUUAUCAUUAAGAACAAUAAAAUCGCAAAUUUAAGCUUAAUUGUAGGAACCAACCGAAGAAAAAACUUAUUUCCCGAAAGAGAGCGAAAUUUUCCUAGAGAAAACCAAUUUUUAAAAUGAUGAAUCGCUGAGAAUGAUUUUUUAAUUCUGAUUUUUUUAUUUAACUUUCAUCACUAAAAGUUGGAUUCCCAAAAAACGAUAUGUUUUAGAGGGUAAUAAAAAAUAAAUUUUUUGAACCAAAGUGAACCAUGAUAGUGCAAAAUCUGAUUCAGCGAUGAUUUUUGAAAAAUAGAUUCGAAAAAACGAACAAACAAAAUUAAACAUUUGUUAUUGCCGAAUCGAAUUUGCAAUCGAAAAGUAAUUUUAAUUGUUUUGAUACAAUGUACCGUUCUCAGGUAAAAGCACCUUUUUGGCAUGAAUUGGCGUUUUUUAAAAGCACCUUAAAAAGCACCUCCGAAAAAAAUAAUUUUGAAAAGCUGCGAAAAUGUCCUGCAAUUUUCUCUCUGUGACUUUGAAAAUGGGACAAUAAGUUUCUGAGAUACAGCCUCACAAUGAAUUCGAAUCAAUGUAAAGGAGUUUUGCUAACUGAGACCUAGUUAGCCUGUAAUUUUUAAGUGACGAAAUCUCGGAAACUGUUGGUUCAAUUUUCAUUGUUAAAAAAGGAAAAUUUUGUGAUUUUUUUUUUUUUUGAUCGCCUUAACAAAACUUUUUUUUUUAAACAAUCGUAACUUGUGAAAAAGUUUUAAAAUAGAUAAUUUUCCUAAUCUCAUAUGUUAAACCAAAUUUAAAAAAAUUGAAAUUAUUUUUAAUUGAAAAGAUCGCAAAAUUUCACAAAAGUUGCAUUCUUCAACAAUAAAUAUAAUCAAUAGUUUUCGUUUUUUUUUUUGUGAGGCUGAAACCAAUUUUCAAAGUCUCACAGAAAAAGUUGGUUGACUUUUUCUCAGCUCCUCAAAAAAGCUUUCCUUCAUAUUUUUUCACAAAACCGAAAAAUGUUAAAAUUGCAGAAAAAGUUAAAAAAUUGCCAUAACUUCAAAACGGUGCCAUCUUACACAAAUUCUGGAAAUUUCUUUUCGAUUGCACAUUUAAUUGAAGUUUUAAAUUAUUUUUUUUUAUUUAAAUUGUUUGACCACAUUUUUAAUAUUUUCAAAAAAAAUUCAAAAAAAAAAGAUUUUGCGUAAUUUUUUACUAUGACUCAAAAGAUGUCUUUUUAAGUCCCAUAAAGCAAAUCAAACAAUUUCUAAAAUUGAAAAAUUACAUGUUUCGGGAAUCCAAUUUAAGUGAAAAAUGUUAAAUAAAGAAAUAGGUAUUGCUUUUCGAUCUGAAAAUCCCAUCUCAAGUCAAUAAAUUUCAUAUAUUUACGUAUCCGUUUUGUAUCGAGACUUAUAUAGAAAAACUAAUGAUGCAAAUUACAAAUUCGCAAAAUAAUUUGCGAAAAACUAAAUCUAUUCAACUGUCAAACGCCUGUAGGUGAGUUGUGGUGAAUUCAAAAUGGCCGUGUUGAGUUUGUUGUCGUUCAAAUUGAUCGUUGAUGAAUUACGAAUUUGAAAUGAUGUCCUAGAAUGGUAGAAAUAGACAUAAAUAUCUGAUUUCAAUUUUUGAUAUUAAUUCUUAAAUGCAGCAGAAAUUAUCAAAUCUCAAAAAUAUCAAUAUUUGCAAUGGCCUGGCUUGAUUUCGGUUUUUUAAAGGUUUAAUAAACAAAAUAUUGAUUUUUUGCCUUUUGAUGAAAUAGUUAGCACGAAACCUGGAUUUUAUAUGGCAAUUUUCAGAAAAGUGAAAAUUUAACCAUUUUCCGGGCAAAUUUCACCGGAUUUUUUUUCUAUAAGGUUAUUAAGCAUGCUAAACGGAACCGAAAACGCGUUAAGUUGAUUUUUUAAGCAUUUUUGUUUUAAAGGCGUUUUUGGGUUCUGUUAAGCAUGCUUAACCCACCGGCAGUCACGUAUAAAAUCCAGGUUUCGUGCUAACUAUUUGACAGCUGGAAAUACCCACCAUACCUUAUCUAAUCUACAUAUCUUGGAUGCACACGAAGUUGACAGGAAAAAAUUGCGAGAUCAACACUCAAACAGACGGGCGACACGACGGCACAUGCUCUUUCUCUUUCUCUUUUUUCCUAACUCUUUCUUGUGAGCAGGCUUGCCACAAAUACAGAUUUUUCAGCACAGGCCCGAAACACAAACGAUUUUUUUUUUACAGUUAAAAUAAAUUUGAGCAGUUUUAGUUAAAUUGGCCAAAAAGAUAAACAUUGUUAGCAUCUUUUGGCAUGUUCAGUUUUUGGUAAGAAUACUAUUCUUUAAAGUUAUACUCGAUUGAGUGUUUGGUAUGUGCCAAAAAAUCUGUAUUUGUGGCAAGCCUGCUUGUGAGGGUAAGUGUGGUGACAGCAAUCAUUUGAAUGCAGUCAUUAGCUGAUGCACGAAAAGUUUUGUUUGACUUCGAUUUGACGUUUGCAGCGGGUACCGAUAAGUUGCUUGCAAAAAAAACAAGGUCAAGUGAUUAAUCAGAAUUUCGGUACAAUUUUCAAUAGAAUUCAAACGACCGAGCUCUGCGCGGAUGAAAGUGGCGGUGAGAGUCAAAUGACUAUGUGAGUGACUUUGCAUUGCGCUCAUUCGUUCCGAUGUGUAUGGACGAGCCUUGGUCAUGCCCGAUUUUUGCUUGCGAGUGAGGGGGAGGAGUUUGGGCUAUCAGGAUCCUCAUCCCAAAACAACAAGAAUUAAAAAAAAUAAGAAAAUUAGCUAUCGUUUAAAAUCAGCUAUUUUUAAGAUUUUUAAAAGUUUUUGUCUAAUUUUAGCAAUUUUUCUCUAAAAAAUUAGGGACACAAAAAACAAUGUUAUCAAAACUUGAUUGUUUAUUAAAAAAAGGUUUGAAAAUGUUUUAGACUUAUUUCAAGACUUUUUGCAGUUUAUUUUGAUAUUAUCAGUGAAAUUGGUAUAAUUGUAAUGACCAUUAGGCAUAACCUGAAUAUAAUCUGGAAAACCUAUAAUAACAUUAUUUUUAAAACAUGCUCAUUGAUUCAUUUUUAAGUCAAUAAACACGUAUAUUGCCACACCGCAAGUUAAAAUUUCGCGAGCGAACGUUGCGUGAUAUUUAAAAUUAGCCAAUCAGUUAUCAUGAUUCGAUUCGCAAUGUGUGCCUUUCGUUAAGUUAUUCCUCGCCGAAGAACGAAAAAAAAACGCAAAUCUGUUGCCUUUCUCGGAGAAAGAUUCUAUUGACGUAGAAAAAAAAUGUACAGUUUAAUUAUUGGGAAGUCGUUGCAAAGAAAAUACUCUUAAAAAUUUCUAAAAAAUGACAAAGUCAAAACAAUCUCUCUCUCUCUUCAUUAUCUUCGACCGAACUGUUUUAUUCCUAUCGUUAAGCUCAAGGUGUUCCUAUUUUCUAGGUUGCUUACACAGACACACUACUUGUACUAAGAAAGCUAAGCAUCAAUACUUACUACUUUAAACGCUGUUACUUUUUUCAUCAUGUAUACAGAGACACAUGCAUAGUCACACAUUAGUCGAUAGUGAAUUUCCUUUAUUUUUGUUUAAGAUUAUACUGAUUUCCCACAUUUUAUGACAGAGAAACACAAUUCUAAGAAAAUAAACUUGUAUACAAUUACUAAAGGAACAAACAUCACGAACAACGCGUCACACAAACAGAAAAAAACUCGAUCACUCGAUCAAAUUAGCUACUUCUUGCUGUAAAAAAGUGAAACUUCUCCAUUGUAGGUUUUUAGGGUUAGUUCAGAAAUUGUUGGAGGCAAACUAACAGAGAAGAAAAAUGUGGUAAAUAUAUAUAAAUUAAAAAUAAAAGUGGAAACUUUAGCUAGGAUGUUCUAAUGUAACAAUCGUAUUCUGUGUAUAUAUUAAAGACUGAACCUGGUUUGAAUGAGAAGAAAGAAGAAAAAGGCACGAUUUGGGAAAUGUGAUUCCAGUUGAACGAAUCUGUAGUUUUUUUUUAUAGGUGUAAAAUAAUUUAUUUCCCAACCUCAUUUCCUCCUCUUCUUGUGUAACGAAAAAAAAAACUACCUAACGAGAAAAGUUAAAAAAACUUUCAAAACAAUCACGAGCCGCUCGCGACGAAUUUUGUUUAACCUCCUUCCCUCCCCCCUUAAAUCCAACCCUGACCGGGUACUUGUGCACUCAUCACGCGCACAAACACACACACAAGUAUUCAACGCGCACACACAUUUACGAACACACACACACACGCACAUCGAUUAAGUUUAGCUUUCACACUACUGAAAACUCAAUACUUAAGUCGGUUACGAUAGCUUACGCGAGCGGCAAACCCCCCUUUUUCUUACGUUGUGUAUAGAACAGAUUUCCGUGCCGCGCGAAAAUUUACAGAUUAUCAGAGGAAAACAAAAAAAUGAAACUAAAAUUGUAUAGUGAAAACAAGAAUUUCUGGUCCAAUCACACGAAGUGGAACGUUGAGACAGAGAAACCCCCUAAAUAGAGAGAAAAUAAAAACGGUGCGAAAUAAAGUCAUUUAUUCGAAAAAGUGUAACCAGA